GGAGCUCGGGGGCAGGGACGCAGGCUCGGCUGUACGGCUGUCUCCGGGAGAGCGGCUUCCGUCCCCAGCGAGGCCCGAGGCCCACCUCCCGCCGGACUCCGCGGGCGCGGCCCUGGGCGGCUCGGGUGGCGGGAGCCCUGCCGCCUGCGAGCGACGGGAAGCGGGCUGCCCUCCUCGAGCCGCCGCUCGCGGCUGAAGCGCAAGAAAAGAUGUGGAGCGGACUGCUGCCUCCCGGUCUAAAGGAGAGUGAUACUGAGUUGGAUUCUGAAGAGGAGCCCACACUACAGAACAGUGAUCAUAACUUACAGGAAGACAAAGAGGAUGGGACCACUAGAGAAACAGAAGUCUCAGGUUUCCCAGAAGAUGAACCAAAAACUGAAACAGAGACCAAAACCAAUGCAUAUGAAGAGUGCCCUUCUGGAAUUCCCUUAAAUAUGUGGAAUAAAUUUCAAGAACUGCAUAAAAAACAUUCUGAACAGAAAACUUCAGCCUCAAGAUUCAGAAGGAGAAAGAGAAAACGCUCCAGAAAAGAUAAACUGCCGAAUGAAAAAGAGUCUCAGAGUCAGCAGUCCAUGAGUGAGACCCAAUGGAAGGAGCUUACUCAGUACUUUGGAGCCAAUGAUAGAUUUGAACCCCCUGUUAAAAAGAAAAAGGUUGAAAAGUCAGGCCUUGAGAAGAGGAUAGACCAGGCUGUGGAGGAGUGGGACGUGGAGAAGGCCGAGGAGCUCAGCAACCAGCUUGCUACUCGCGAGCUUGGUGUAAAAAUUGCCAAAGCAAUUGCCUGCCACAAGUUUGUAAAAGCCAAAAAGGAGAUUGAAAACUCACAGGCUGCUCGAAAAAAGAAGAAACUUGCGUGGGGUUUUGAAGCAAAGAAGAGAUGGGAAACCAAAAGCAACAUGGGAUAUAUGUAACUGGGCAGAACUCUUCAGGACACAGGGAGAUUUGUGUGCUUCAUUUAUAGAAAAGACUUUUCUGCUUAGCUUAAAUAUAUCAGGAAAUUGAUAGAAGUAGAAAGAAGUAAGCAUAAAUCUUGGGAGUUAUCAGCUCUUCAGUUUUUUUCCUAAAGAUUUCAUUCUAUUGAAAUAACUGGAAUGAAGUAUUUGAUAUUUUGUAUAAAAUCUAAGCAUACAUACAGGCAAAGAAGAUAGGAUGUUAUUUAUUUGUACAGAUUUAUGGUAUAAAAUCAAUGUUGCCUUUUAUCUGUUUGGUAUAGCACAGCCGUGAUCCUUGUACUUUCUUAUCUGUUCUUGGCAUAGCUGCACUUUCCUGGAAUUAAUGUUUUUAAGAUUGGUUUUUGUUUAAAAUGGAUUAGUCAUAGGUGCAAAAAUGUCUCAGUUGAUGUUAUUUUUUCCUGCAAUUACCUUAAUGCUAUAAACUACCUAAAUGACUGUAAUUAUCUUAAUGCUAUAAAACAAUUAUUAAUUAUUUAUUGGAAGCCAUGGCAUUAUUUCAUAGUCCACCAUAAAAGCAAUUGAUUAAUUUUUGUGUACCUUCAGAUGAUUACAGUGAAAAAGGAACAAAAUACAGUAAUUGGGAGCUGAUUUACAUUCAGCUCUUUCUGGAAUGUCCUGUAUCGCUCAAUCAUGUCAGUCACUGUAAGAUGCUUCUUAGGUAAAAAGAUGCUGUAACUAUUAGUCGUAAUGUAAGGCAAUUAAACCUGAGAACUGCUUUCAUACUAUUGCCAAUUACUCCUUAAAAACUGAAUGAAAUGUUAAUAAAGGUAAGGAAAAGAAUGAAUGAAUUAAUGCUCAUAGAGUGUCAUGGUACCACAGGAAGUAGCGCUCAUUAGAUGUACGCUUCUAAUGGGAAGUUGCUUUGAGAAAUCAGAUGACAGUUGGUAUGUAGGAUCACUGGAUGGUAGGAAAAAUGAGUCAUGAUUCUGAUUUGUUAUUUUUAGACUUAAAAUAUUACAAGUUCUAUUUAUGGCAAUAUUUAAAUUUUUUCUAUGUUCUAGAGGAAGUGAAUAAUUAGUUCCUGUCUGAAAGUCCAGAAGUCAUAUCUUGUUUCCAUUUUGUUGAGAAAACCCAGAAAGCAAGUAUAUGAUACGAUACUGUGUGGCUGAUAACUUAUCAUGCAAAGCCACCCAGACCAAAAACUGGAAAAUUGUGUAUUUUAUGAUUUAAAAUCCAUUGUCUUAUUUUGUAGAUAUCAUCUUGUACUA